AUGAACCCGCAAGAUUUAUUUGCACAUCCCCGCGGAGAGUACCGUACGCGUGUGCUACACUUCGACCCUAAAUCUCCAAUCCCAACCCAUCGCCACAGCGACCAUGCCAAGGAGGUGUUCGAGUCUGGAGUUAGGCAGCUCAGGUUUGCUGAUCGGGUUAGGAGGCCGCCGGAACGCGAAGCACGGACGGAGACCGACCUGGCAAGUGUAGCAGAUGAAGGCGAGGAGGGUGUAGAAGAUCCACAGCUGCCAAGUCAGGUCGAACAGGCAGAGGAGCAGUGGAGGAAGGCGGCUGAUGAUAAGCGGAUGGCCGAAGUAGAAGCCAAGAGGAGACAGGCUGAAGAGAGGCAACGACGCCGUGAUGGCGACACCGAUCCUACCGUCUCUUUCCCGAGAACUGGAGACAUACGUGAAGCAUGGGAGCGUGGGGCACGAGCCGCUGCAAGGGCACACGUGGGAGAGGCAGGAGAGGAUCUCGCCAGCAAUGUGCGGCAGCAUAUCAAGGAGGAUGGGGGAUACGUGAAAGUUCGCUUGCCCAGCGUAAAGCGGAAGGCGGCUGAAGAGGCCCGGAGAGGGGACGUCGACGUGCCAGAGAAUUCGGGAGAGGCAAAAAAGGAGGCGCAGAGCAAUGCGGGUGCAAAGGCUCAUAAGAUGGCCGAGGUAGAGGCGCACCAGAAUGCAGAGGAUGCGGUCCAUCGGUUUGUCGAUGCAGAGGCGGCACUUACGGCAGAGGACGGGGCGCCAAAGGAAGCAGAGGCUGCAGCGCAGCAGAAGGUGGGUGCAGAGGCGGUCAAGAGUGCGGAGGCAGUCGCACGUAAAGAAGCGGGUGCAGCAGCAGAGCUGACGUCGGAGGCAGUCGAGCUGCAGGUGGUGGAGGCAAUGGCGAAGAAGGAAUCAGAGGCAACAGCGAGCCAGAAGGAUGAGGCAGCGGCGCAGCAGAAUGAUGAGGCAGACGCACAUAAGGAAUAA